AUGGCAGCGGCGGGGUGGCGAGCUGAGGCGGCGGCUUCUCGCGCAGGUGAAAAGGCUGAAGAGCUGGUGGUGCGGCGCAGCUGUUGUGUACUUGACCACGACCAUUCUGAUACCUGCACGAGGUUCUAUUCGGAUAAUCUUCACGAUGAACCAAGGAUUUUAGUUCCCAAGGUCCGAGAGACACUGAAGUAUGAGUAUUUGAUUGUCAUGGACGAUGUUUGGAACACAAAAGCAUGGGAAGAUCUCAAGGAUGCUUUUCCAGAUUAUAGCAAGGGCAGUAGGGUGUUGAUAAUUACUCCACAAGUGUCUGUGGCCCAGCGUGCUGCAACAAAGACUGAUCCCUAUCCAUUGCGAUUUAUGAAGCAAGAAAAAGCUGAAGAAUUACUGAGGACGAAGAUUUUCAAUGAAAUGAAUGUCCACAGAAGCUGUGACCUGCUGAAUCAAGAAUUCUGA